AAAUUUGUCUCCCAAUCACAGGUUUGAGUAUUCAAGUCCUAAUGCCUUACUGGCUUUCAGUUUUAUAUCAUCAUAGCCAUGGCGAUUCGAGUGGAAGCACCAUCGUCCUUUAGCUCUCCUACUAAAACCAAGUAUGAAUACGAUGUUUUCCUGAGUUUUAGAGGCGUAGAUACUCGCCACACCUUCACUGGGCUUCUCUACGAUGCUUUACGACGCAAGGGAAUCAACGCCUUCAUCGACGACAGGAAGCUUGGAAAGGGGGAAGAGAUCUCACCUGCGCUUCUUGAAGCCAUUGAGAGAUCCAGGAUUUCCAUUGUUGUGUUCUCUAGGAACUAUGCUACUUCCAAAUGGUGCUUAGACGAACUCGACCACAUCAUUUGGUGUAAGAAGGAGAAGAAGCAGGUGGUUAUGCCCGUCUUUUACAAGGUCGAUCCGUUAGAUGUUCAAUAUCAGAGAAAUAGCUUUGAGAAAGCCAUGGCUGCUCUUCAAGAUAGGUUCAAAGAUGACUUAGACAAAGUGCGCAGAUGGAGGUCUGAUUUGUGUGAAGCCGCUAGCUUAUCAUCUGCAUGGCUUUUCGAUGAUGGAUGCAAACUUGGGUUUAUCGAAAGGAUUGUGGAAGAUGCACGUGCUAUGCUACCACCCAACCCUUUACAUAGCGUUGAUCACCCAGUUGGACUUAAGUCUCGCAUUGAAGAAGUGAAGUCACUUUUGGAUCAGUCUCAUGAUGGCGUUUGUAUGUUGGGGAUCCAUGGAACUGGUGGAAUUGGAAAAACAACACUUGCCAAGGCUCUAUAUAAUUCAAUAUUUUGCCAAUUUGAAGGUGCAAGUUUUCUAUUUGAUGUCAGAGAAGCAUCAAAUGAAUAUCGAGGCAUAGUUCGUCUCCAACAAUUACUUUUAUCUGAGAUUCUUGAAGAGAAGAGUAAGAAGUUUGGUAGUGUUGAUGAAGGAAUAACUAAAAUAAAACACAGACUCUCCCACAAAAGAGUUCUAUUAGUUCUUGAUGAUGUUGAUGCAUUAGAACAAUUAGAACAACUUGCAGGAGGGUGUAACUGGUUUGGAUCCGGAAGCAAGAUCAUUAUAACGACUAGAGAUAAGCAAUUAUUAAGUGUACAUGGUGUUCAAGAAACUUAUGAAAUGAAGGAGCUAAAUGAGCAUGAGUCUCUUGAACUCUUCUCUUGGCAUGCCUUUCAUAGCAGUCAUCCUUCCAAAGGCUUUGAAGAUAUAUCUGCCCGUGUGAUUAGUUAUGCCCAGGGCCUUCCUUUGGCUCUAAGAGUAAUAGGCUCCAAUUUGACUCAUAAAAGCUUAGAGGAAUGGAGGUCAAUAUUGGAACAAUACGAUAGGAUCCCAGAUAAAACAAUUCACGAAGUACUAAAGAUUAGUUACGAUUGCUUACAAGACAAUGCAAAGUCUAUCUUUUUAGAUGUUGCUUGUUUUUUCAAGAAGUGGAGAUCGGUAUAUGCCAAUGAAGUACUACACACCUGUCAUGGUGGUGCAAGGUUUUACUUUGAAGUGCUCAUUGAUAAAUCAUUGCUGAGUGUUGAUAAAUAUGAUUGCUUGUGGAUGCAUGAUCUAAUACAAGAAAUGGGUCGAGAAAUUGUUAGACGGGAGGCACCAUUAAAUCCUGGUGAACGCAGCAGAUUGUGGCACCAUGAAGAUGUUGUUAGAGUAUUACGUGAAAAUUCUGGAAGCAGCAAAAUUGAAGGAAUAAUGCUUAAAUCUCCUCAACAAGAAAAAGUAGCGUGGAGUGGCUUUGCCUUCGAGAAAAUGAGCAAUCUUAGGAUUCUCAUUGUGCGAAAUGCACUAUUUUCAACCGGCCCUAAGCACUUCCCAAAUAAUUUAAGAUUGCUUGAUUGGGAGCGAUACCCUUCUAUGACCUUACCAGAGGAUUUUUAUCCUGAGAACAUUGUUGUCCUUAGGUUAUGUCGUAGUUAUGUCAGAUUAGUGGAGCCAAUCAAGAGGUUAGAAUAUGUGACAAGCAUGGAUUUCUCAUAUUGCGAAUUUAUAACUGAAGUGCCUAUUAUGUCUCAAGUCCCAAAUUUAAAAGAACUGAUAUUUGUAGGCUGUUGCAAUUUGAUUAAGGUUCAUGAUUCUGUGGGAUAUCUCUCUAAGUUAGCGGUAUUAACCGUUAAUGGCUGCAGCAAACUUAAAAGCUUUCCUCGUGAAAUCAAAUUGGCGUCUCUUGAGCACCUUGACCUUGCUUUUUGUGAGAGUCUUGAUUACUUCCCAAAUAUAGUGGGAAAGAUGGACGCAUUGAAUACCAUUCUUGCAGAUAACACUGCUAUUGAAGAACUCCCACAUUCCAUUGGAAAUCUCUCAGGGCUUCAAAUUUUAUCUCUUAACUCCUGCGAAGGUCUUAGGGAGAUUCCAGACACAAUAUUCACGCUGGAAAAUCUUGUCUGGCUUUUAUUGGAGAAUAGUAGACCUCAUAGCAGAAAAUCCUUGAAGAAGUCAAUGCAAGAUAGUUAUCCAAUUAUUAGAAGCACAAACUUGAAGAUUUUGAAUCUAGAAAAUUGUGGUCUAUUGGAUGAAGAUCUUCACCUAACUGUGAAUUGUUUUCGGAAUCUGCAAGAAUUAAAUCUAUCAGGGAAUGAUAUCUUGUCCCUUCCUGACUGCAUCAAAGAGUGUGCUUAUUUGGAGAAACUAAAUCUGGAUAACUGCAAGAGGCUAAGAGACAUUCCAGAGCUGCCACCAAACCUGGCGGAUAUACAAGCAGACAAUUGCAUAUCAUUAACGAGAAAGUCCUUAAGCCAUUUAUGGUCCCAGGUUAUUCAUUCUCUUUCCCAUUUGGCUUUAUCAUUUUAA